CCUUCUUUCUCAAAAACAAAGAGAAAAAUCAGACUGAAAUUUCUGGAAAAUGUAUGUGACAAGGCGUCUGUCGAUGUACAAAAAGUCUCCUGCUGAUCUCUCACUGCCUCCGCCGGAGGGUCCAAACUCCGGCAUUCUUGUCAUCAAAGACGAAGAAACGACAUGCUGUUUCGGGUUAUCGAAUAUCGAUACGAUUAAAGAGCUGCCUCUCCCUCAGAACAAGAGCCUUGAGCUUUACUAUGCCGUUGGGUUUUAUCCCAACAGAGAGCUUCAGUUCCACAGUGUUUUCUUCAUCCCAGUUCUUGGUCAGCCCCUGUCUUCCAACCGCUACUAUGCAGUAUAUCCAUUUGGGAAGGAUAGAGGGGAAGGGUACACAAGCACAAACGAGUAUUCCAUGGACAUGGAAACAUGCUGCUUCGACAGCUGCACCAACGAUGUACUACCGCAACGUUUUGAUCCCAAUAACAUGUAUCAGCAAUACAAGAUUAAUCUUCACAAAAAGGUUAUCAAUAUUUCAGGUGGUUUUGUGGCCAGAUCAAUGGCUAAAGAUGGGUUCCCUCCGGAGGCAUUGUGGAGAAGAGGGUGGAAACUCACAAGCUCAACAUCGCCCGGAUUUGAACUAGGUGAUGCACCGGGCCUAGACACCGCCCUACGUGCCCGUCUCCCGGAUUUUAAUUUCCCACUAAAGAAUGUGGUUGUAGGGAAAUGGUACUGUCCAUUCAUGUUUAUUAAGGAAGGGACACCGCAAACGUUGAUAGACAUAAGGAACAGAUCAAUGUACUAUGAGAUGACACUUGAGCAGAGGUGGGAAGAAGUAUUUGCGAAGGAUCAUAGUUUUCAGUGCGGUGAAGGCAAUGCUGCGGGUGUGGAUUUUGUUGUGCAAAGCGAAGUGGUUAUGGUUGGAGGGAGGGAAGGCAGGUGUGAUGAGAAAAAUGUGGGGGAUGAUGGGUUGGUGUUGUAUAGGAGUUUGAACAAUGUUGGGCAAGAGACAAGGGUGGGGGUGAGUGUAGCAAUUUUUGAGAGGAUGAAGUGGGAGCAAGGGAGGGUUGGGUGGGUGGGGGGAGAAGAAGGGACAGUGAGAGUUGAGAGGGUUGAGGACUAUGGAGGGGUGGGUGAGUGGAAGAAGUUGGGAUUUUUUGUAUUGGUUGAGAGGUUUGCUUUGAAGAGAAUGGAUGGGAACUUGGUUUUUAGUCAUGAUUUCAGGCACACUCAUCAGAUUAGGACUAAAUGGGAAUGAAAUUUUGUCUUUUUUUUUGUGUUCUACAUAUGCUAUUUAUGUAUCAAAUUUCAGAUUUUGCAUCCCAAACAAAUUUUCAGAUGGGGUAUUUGAACAUUGUUCUAGCUUAUGGACUUAGUAUGCCUUUUGAAGUACUUUUUUGAUUUAUGAAAGUGUAAAUUUACUUGUA